GACUGUUCACCAAAAGUCCGUUUGGGAAAAUUCAAUGACGAUUUGUCAAAUUUGUAGACCACGGAGAGAUUGAAAAUAAAGUUGAAAAUCCAUGCUUGAAAAAAUUGUAUCUUUCAAGACUCGAGAGGCUUUCAUUUUAAGACAUUCAAACACAAUUAUAGGAAAGAACAAAAUGAUCAACUUGUUAGUAUCCUUCUGGUUUGUGCUCAUAAGCACUGCCUACGCAAAUACUUGCCUUAACAGAUCUGGUUUCUUCGCACCCAAUGGUGCUUACGACUUAAACCGACAAGCCAUGCUCUCUACCCUUCCUUCUAACGUCACAGCUAAUGAUGGCUUCUAUACCACGUCGACGGGACAAGAUCCCAACAGAGUAUACGGUUUAGGGAUGUGUUUCCCAGGUACCGAAGCAGGAUCUUGUUCUGAUUGUAUCAUCGCUGCCUCUAAUGGGUUGGUACAUAAUUGUACUACUCAGACAGAAGCUAUAGACUGGAGGAUGUAUAGAAAUACACUUUGUCUUGUACGCUACUCAAACCGCUCGUUUUACGGAUCGCUCGAUAUGCAAAUUAUACGAAGUAAUAAUUAUACUAGAGAUUUUCAGUUUAACAUGACGGAUCUAGAGAUUACAUGGGAGGCUUUGAUGAUUGGUUUGAUAGAUCAAGCUUCCUCUUUGUACUACGCAGCCAGAACGCAGAAGCUUGAGUCGUCUACCUCCCACGUUUACGGUGUUGUGCAGUGCAGUAGAGACUUAUCUCUUCAAAACUGCACCCGGUGUCUACAACAAAACGUGAUUGAGUAUACAUCUUGUUGCCGUGGGACACAAGGAGGCACUAUUUCUAGGCCUAGCUGUUUCGUUCGGUGGGAGGUUUAUCCUUUCUUGGCACUUUUGGAUAAUAUGCCUCCUCUUGAGAAAGAUGGCAAAGGUGUUUCUACAGGAACUAUUGUGGCAAUUGUCAUUGUUCCUAUCUUGUUGCUUUCUCUAGGAUUUGCUAUUUGGAUGAGGAGAAAAUCGCAUAAAGCAUUAAUAACAACUGCAAGUUCACUUCAAUUCGAUUUUAAAGCUAUCGAAGCUGCAACAAGUAAUUUUCACAACAUUAACAAGCUUGGUCAUGGUGGAUUUGGUGAAGUUUACAAGGGAACGUUUCCGAAUGGAACAGAGAUUGCUGUGAAGAGACUAUCUAAAACUUCAGGACAAGGUGAAAGAGAAUUCAAGAACGAAGUUCUUCUUGUAGCUAAACUUCAACAUAGAAAUCUUGUUAGGCUUCUUGGGUUUUGUGUCCAAGGAGAGGAAAAGCUACUAGUCUAUGAGUUUUUGCCAAACAAAAGUCUUAACUACUUCCUCUUUGGUGGUAAGAAAAACAAACAUAUGAUAAUAUGUGCAGACUCAGCAAAGAGGAGCCAAUUAGAUUGGACAAGACGAUACAAGAUCAUUGGAGGGAUCACUCGAGGAAUUUUGUAUCUUCAUCAAGAUUCACGGCUUACAAUCAUACACCGUGAUCUUAAGGCCAGCAAUAUUUUAUUAGAUGCAGAUAUGAACCCAAAAAUUGCGGAUUUUGGUAUGGCUAGGAAUUUCAGAAUGGACCAAACGGAAGAUAACACAGGAAGAGUAGUUGGAACAUUCGGUUACAUGCCGCCGGAAUAUGUUGCGAAUGGGCAGUUCUCGACUAAGUCUGAUGUGUAUAGUUUCGGAGUAUUGAUUCUGGAGAUUAUUGGUGGAAAAAAGAAUAGUAGCUUCCACGAGAUAGAUGGUUCAACAGGCAACUUGGUUACAUAUGUAUGGAGGCUUUGGAACAAUGAUUCAUUGUUGGAACUCGUAGAUCCAGUCACAGGAGAUAACUAUGAUAAGUAUGAAGUCAUCAGAUGCGUCCAUAUUGGGUUAUUAUGUGUUCAAGAAAAUCCAACAAAUCGUCCAAGCAUGUUCACAAUAUGUCAGAUGCUCACUAAUACUUCAAUUACACUGCCUGUGCCCCAACCUCCUGGGUUUUUCUUCAGAGUCAGAUCAGAGAAUAUCCCAUUAGCUGAGAGCUUUCAGCCAGCUCCGUCCUCUAGCAUGUCCAUUGCUUGUUCUGUAAAUGAUGCAACGAUCACGUGUGUUAGUCCUCGUUAAAAGCCAGGCUAUUGUUUAAUAUAUAUAUUUUUUCAUAAACGAGUAUUAAUAAUGAAACCUAGUGAAGUCAGGUAUCAAGACUGUCAUGAAGUUCAUCGACAGCCAAACAUCUAUCUUAUGUCAUUUAUCAUUGCAUUGAAACAGAAAAUCGAUCUCCCUUACAAAAUUCAAAUGUCUCGUUUGUAAAACAAGACAGAAUAUAAAAAGGGAAGCAGUUUCUCUCUCCCAAUAGAUCUGGUGGUUGUAAAACCCUGAAAGUAUACGUGUAUAGAUUAAUAUAGUCGAGUCUUCUUAACGGAGAAGUCUCGGUGAAGCGUCCCUGCCCUAACCGUCUUCGACUGGUCCAUGAGAUCCAACAUCUGUAAUUCCAACAAGAAAAUAUUUUUAUUCUUUCUUAUGAUUUUU